AUGUUUCACUUGGCUUCAUCUUUAUACACCCAAUACACCAAGCGGGAACAGUACAACAUCUUGAUCCUAGGCUUGGACAAUGCCGGGAAAACCACGUUUUUGGAGCACUUGAAGUUGAUAUACCCGGCGUACAACGAGUCCAAAGCUGCUUCAGCAAAACGGGCAGCGGACGACGAGGAAACCAAGAAGAACACCAGCGAGUUGCUCAAGGCCAAGCGCAUCUUGCCCACAGUGGGGCAGAACACCACCACCAUCAAGUUUGAGUCGUCGAUCGAGUCACACUUGUCGUCACAGUUCAAGAAUAUCAACCUCAAGUUCUGGGAUCUUGGGGGCCAAAAGUCGUUGCGCUCGAUGUGGUCACGGUACUACAAGUCGUGCCACGGGAUCAUCUUCAUCAUCGAUUCCACCGACACCGAGCGGUUCCAGGAGUGCUACGAGACGUUGAAGGAAAUUGCCCACGACGAGUCGUGGAACUCAGAAGAAAACAGCGAUCUCCUCAACGUGCCCAUCUUGAUGCUUGCGAACAAGCAGGAUCUCCCGCAAGCGGUUGAUUUGGUGUCGUUGAAGACGGGGGUGUUCAUUCAGUUGGUAAGCGAGCUCGAGGCCACCGACUCCAAGUUACUCCCCGUGUCGGUGUUGGAGAACCAGGGGCUCCGGGAGAGCUUGGAGUGGUUGGUGACACGGUUGAUCUACAACAAGGGCAAUAAGCAGCCCAUCUACAAGUAG